AUGUAUCACUACGCCAGCCCACAGCCCGGGUGGUCCACCUACGACUACACACAAUCACCUCCUACCUCACCUCAAUACGCCUACUACGCCUCUCAGUUCGCCAACUCCUACACAUCUCCUCGGGGCCCACGGCGACACAACCGCAAGGCCAGCUAUACUGCCACCAAAGAAACGCCAGGAUGGUAUUCGACCUAUCAAUCCGGUUUCUACGAACCCACAGACUAUGGCAUUCCACCGCGAAAGCACGAUCAUGUAAGUGCUACUUUUGGAAAGCCCAAACACCAAUAUCCCUCCACGGCAGGCCAUGAAGGCCACCGCAACUACGGAUUCGAUCCGUCGCAAACCCGACCCAUCUUCGUAGAUGUGGUCGACGACGCAUACGACCGCCCCCGCGAACGCCAUCGCCAACAAAAAGACGCCCACACCCGUCGCGCCUCGACGUCCUAUCGCAAAUCCACACCCGCUGAUUCUCACUUUUACUUCACCCAGGCUCCUAAUACCGAGGAUACCGAGGCCGCCCGCCGCUCUCGUACAAGACGCCAAUCCACAUCCACCCGCACGCCAAAACCCAAACCGCCUGCCCCAGCAGCUAAACCGCCACCAGUCGCCACCGAAGAUGACGCCGAGCGUGCAGGCAUCCCGGCCGGCUACUCGAUCAAAAACUGGGACCCGACCGAGGCACCGAUUAUAUUACUCGGCAGCGUCUUCGACGCCAACUCUCUGGGCAAGUGGAUAUACGACUGGACCGUUUUCCACCACGGGGCCUCGACGCCCAUGGCUGAUGUCGCAGGCGACCUUUGGCUAUUGCUGAUCAAGCUGGCGGGAAAAGUCAAGCGUGCGGACGAGUGUCUGCCCCGCAUCCAACGCAUCGAGGCACAGGAAGUCGUGGAAGAUUUCCUUGAAAGUGGCGAGCGCCUCUGGAGCCGCUUCAAGAAGCUACUGAAAGGGUGCGAGCUUUACAUGUGGAAGGCUGCUAAGCGGGAAGGUGGCAAAGGGCCUGUCUCGAUGGGCCGCAAUGCCGGCUGCGAAUUUGUGGAGUCGAUUUUCGGUCGCGACCGAGAACUUGAAAAUACGGAGAAGCUCAUGAACAGCAUUCGGCUGUGGAAUAUGCGCUUCGAUGCAAACUGUGAAGAUAUCCUGCGCCGGCCGACGGCUGCUUAG